GACAAAAGGACCAAUAAACAGCAGCACCUCAUUUUUCCACACUUUGCUUUAAAACCUUCCUUCUUAACUGUUCCACUCUUGUAAGCACAACCCAUCUACACUUUUCUCUUCUUCAUCUCCUCCUUUAACCUUUUCCCCUCGAUUCUUUUUCUUGAUUAGUUGCUAAUUUUCAUUUUUUAAUCGAUUUUAGUAAGCUCAAUUUUGCUAACAAUUUGUUUAUAAGCAACUGUGUAAGACCAAGAUUUCACUAACCACCUUGCAAGCCAAAGGUGAUUAGUUCUCCAAUUUUCCAUAUGCAGAGUGCCAGAAGUAGUGAUACAACUUGCAGCAGUGGAAUGUUGGAGCUUCAUGGAGAUAUCUAAUGCGCCUGAAGUUGAGCUAAAAUGAAGACCACACAGGAUCCACAGAACACUGUAGAAAAGAAACCGCCAACCCAGGCUUCUCAUGAGACCCAAAAUGACCCGCAGAACCAUACAGCCGAUACACCUGUAGCUGAUGCAGGUUCUGUUUCUGCAUCAGGCAAUGAUAAUCGGAAAGUUUCACGUGAAGAUAUUGAACUUGUCCAAAACUUGAUUGAACGGUGCUUGCAACUGUAUAUGAAUAAGGAUGAAGUAGUAAAAACACUUCUUAAUCGUGCAAGGAUAGAUCCUGGAUUUACAACUCUAGUUUGGCAAAAAUUAGAAGAAGAAAAUGCAGAUUUCUUUCGGGCCUACUACAUUAGGCUUAAACUGAAGAAACAAAUCAUCUUGUUCAAUCAUUUGCUUGAGCAUCAGUAUCAUCUAAUGAAAUAUCCAGUGCCUCCAAAGGUUCCAUUGACUCCGAUGCAGAACGGGAUUAACACCAUGCCAGUCAACAACUUACCCAUGGGAUAUCCCGUCCUUCAGCAGCAUCCAGCUCCAGCUGCAGGUCAACCUCAUCUUGAUCCAAUGGGCAUGUCCAGCUGCCAUGUGGUUAAUGGUGUGCCAGCGCCAGGAAACUAUCAUCCCAUGAGGAUGAAUUCUGGAAACGAUAUGGUGAUUGACACCAGUGCGUCGGAUGUAGCACCAACUAUUCCACCUAGCAAUGCCAUGUCAUCAAUGUCAGAUAUGGCCGUAAGCCCUACAUCAGUAGCUUCCAGCGGCCAUUUUCCCUUUACAGCUUCAGAGAUUUCGGGGAUGGGAGUUGACACGUCAGCCCUUGAUGCUGCUUUCCCAUCUGAUGUAGCAAGUUCAGUAGGAUUAGAACUUCCACCAGAUAAUGGUGUUGGUAAUUCUAGGGAUUCACUGAGAUCUUUCGCUCAGCUUCCUUGGAAUUUCAGUCUUUCAGAUCUAACAGCAGAUUUGUCCAACUUGGGAGAUCUAGGGCCUCUUGGAAACUAUCCUGGUUCUGCUUUUUUGCCUUCUGAUUCAGACAUUCUACUUGACUCUCCUGAGCAAGAUGAUAUAGUAGAAGAGUUCUUUGUCGAUGUUGAUGCCGAUCCAGGACCAACAUGUCAGUCAGAUGAAGAGAAGUCCUAGCUUAAAUUGAGAUAUUAAUGUUGCAUUUUGCGUUUGAAAUUAGAAUAAGUCUGUGUAAAAUGAUCAUAAACUGAUAGAUUGAUUUGAUUUAGAUGUGGCAGAUAUAGUUAUUAACCUAAUUUAGAUAUACCUUGGGUUGUUAUUAUCAGAUCUUUAUUUCAUUAUUAGUAGAAGCAGGAGAGGAUAUGUUCAGUUCCCUCCCUUUUUGAUAAUGAAAGUUUGUAUCUUAAGAUAGUCAACUUUAAUCUUUCACAAAGGAUAUGUAAUCCACAUGUUGUUGUUGUUGUUGUUGUUACCUAAACAGGUUAUCAUUAUGUUCUUUUUGGAUAA